CUCCGAAUUUAUACACGGAAGCCUAUCUUGUUUGUUGUGAUUAGCUGUUUAACUGUUUCAUUUUAUUCGUUUAAUGGAUAUUAAAAUAAAACCAGGAAAGCUUAACGUUGUGUGAGAGCGUCUGUCACUUAUGUGGGCUGCUUUUUCAAGACUUAUGAGACAAAUUGCUGUCGUCUGGGUAAGUCGGAAGUCAAAAUAACAAAGCGUUAUAGCUUUGUUUCGCUUCUUGUUUUGACUGUUAGCCACAGCCAGCGCUGUUUAGCUCGGCUGCUCACUGAAAGAUGCAGGAGCUGUACACCUUAGAGAGGGAGGUUGGACGAGGGAGUUAUGGUGUUGUCUUUGAGGGCCAUUUGGCCAAAUCCAAACACAGAGUGGCUAUAAAGAGGCUUCCCUGCCGAAACCCGGAGUGUAUUGAACUCUACCUGCAAGAACUGUGGGCCAUGAGAGCCACAGCCAAGAACCACGUCAAUGUCAUUGCUCUCCACAGCUGUCUCCUGCAGACUGGACCCAGGACCCUGAAGCCUUUAAAACCAGGAAAACUGCCUCUGCGUCUGGUUGAAAGUGUGCUGAAGGGCAGCGUUAGGCCUCCACCAAGUCAAGAAAGAAGUGUCCAGUCAAGCAGCCUGAGGAGGACUAACUCUGCCUCCAGAUUUCAGGACCGGACCAAUAUUGUCCAGGUGAGAGCUAAACUCCCUGGCAAGACUAAAUCAACUGCAUCUGAUUCAACAACCCCACAAAGGCCUCCAAACAGAGCCAGGAAGAGAUCAGCCAGAAGCGAGGAAGAGCAGUCUGGACCCCUGCGCUGCUUGGCUCUUUGGCUUGUGAUGGAAUACUGCGAUGGAGGCGACUUAAAUCAGUACUUGCUUUCCAGGCCCCCUGAUACCCAACGCAACUACAACGUGGUGCAGCAGCUCUGCAGUGCUGUGGCCUUUCUGCAUGGUCUGGGUAUCACCCACCGAGACCUGAAGCCUGACAAUGUUCUGGUGUGUGUCACGCCCAAAGGCCCCGUGGUCAAGGUGGCAGAUUUUGGUCUGAGUAAGAUGAGCGACGGUGCAGUGGACGGCAGGAUCAGGCAACACUUCUCCUCCACCUGUGGCUCUGACUUCUACAUGGCUCCAGAGGUGUGGGGAGGGCUAAGCUACACUGCCCAGGCAGACAUCUUCUCCCUGGGUGUGAUGUUCUGGGCUGUCCUGGAGAGAAUCACUUUUCUGGAAGAAGGGAGCACAGAGGAGCAGCUGGGCGCCUACGUGUGCAAGAGCCGCUGGUUGAUGCCGCUGGGGGAAGCUCUGUGGGAGAAUGCUGACCUCCAGCUGUGCAUCCCUAUGAAGUUUAAGAGAGCGCCCCCGCUGCCGCCCCCUCCCGGCCCAGCCAUGUGUACCCUGCUUUUAGACAUGCUCGCCUCAAACCCGGAUGCUCGGCCCCCGGCAGACCAGCUGGAGGCCAGAGUGCGAUCUGCUUUGAAAGAGGACUCCUACUGACAGGCAGCAAUGGCUAUGACCGCCACAGCGACUAUAAAAAAUAUCUGUGGACCCCUCCGACUGCUGUUCUUCCUGUAAGCGUUCUUCCUUUGCUGCCUCAGGGAAGUGGAAAUUCUAAAUAUAUAUUAUAAGGUGAUUGUAGGGAAUUCUUUUGUAAUGGAAAGAGAAGCUCAGGUUAUUAACAUUGAAAGGGGAACAGGGAUUCUAGUGGAAAGCUUGACCUGACUGCACUGCUUAUGAAACACACAGUGGUGCUCAGACCAGUCCAUGCAGAGACCUACUGUGUUUCCACUGAGCAUGCUGUGGUAAGGCUUUCAAUACUGGAAAUCUAUUUAAUUUAUGCACAUAUGCUCUUCAAACAGGACUGCACGUUGCAGUGGCUCGUCUCUGCUUUAUUUUAUGUCUUAAUAAAAUUUUUACCUGUUAAAAGAAAAGACUAUAAAUGAGUUUGUGCAUAUAUUGUUUGUCCGGAUGGUUUCACACUUCCGUGCAGCACUUAGCGUGCAUCAAGAUGUCUUAAAUGACUGAGGGAAAAACUUCAUUGCAAAGCCCUAAAACAUAAAACUGCAAUGCCGAUCGUUUCUCUUGAUUGUUGUUGUUUGUGCUGCUGUUUCUAAUAUUUAUGCCUCAGAUGCAGACAACUUUUCCCAAAUUGAUUUUGUCUUAAACUUGUAAGAUUGGUAAAAUUUAAGGAUUUUUGUGGUUCUGAUGUGUUUUUCUCUGCUUUGUUUGCUCAGUGCAUGAUUUUUAAGAUUGCUUGUUAAUGUUCUUGUACAUGUUUUUUCUCCGGUCAUUUUUCAUGUAGAAAUACAUAAUUCCACCAAAUUGUGAAGAUUUUUUAAAAGUUUCUAACUUGUAGUGUGUUUGCAGGUAUAUGUGCUAGCUGAGCGCUAGCAGCAUGAAGGUCAGUGUGACUAAUGAUCUCUGAUAUACUACCCUCCUAUGAACAGGAAAUUAAAACCAGGGAUUAGGAUUGUUGGCGAUCAUAUCCAGGCUACAUCCACACCAUUUAUUACUGACCAUCAAUCUCAGUCACUGAUUUCAUUUCAGGUCUUUUUUUCCUUUUAAAGUUUUAUUUUUAUGUGCUUGUGGAAACAGAUAAUGUAUUAGAUAUGGAGUUAAAAACUAAUUAAAAGGAAUGCAAAUUAAUUAAAGAUGGAGUUGUGAUCUA